UUAUUAUGACACGCACCUCUUCUCACUCUACAUUCACUCUCACAUUUUCUUCUUCGAUUUUAUCGAUUACUUAGCAGCUCGAAGAAAUGGAAGCUGGCGGUAAAUUGAAGAAGGGAGCCGGUGGCCGCAAGGGCGGCGGUCCCAAGAAGAAGGCGGUCUCCCGAUCCGUCAAAGCCGGCCUCCAGUUCCCCGUUGGCAGGAUCGGUCGUUAUCUCAAAAAGGGCCGCUACUCCCAGCGGGUCGGUUCCGGCGCUCCGGUUUACAUGGCUGCCGUGCUCGAGUACCUCGCUGCUGAGGUUUUGGAGUUGGCAGGGAACGCCGCGAGGGACAACAAGAAGAAUAGGAUAAUUCCGAGGCAUGUGCUACUGGCGGUGAGGAACGACGAGGAGCUGGGGAAGUUGCUCGCCGGAGUUACGAUUGCGCACGGCGGAGUGCUGCCGAACAUCAACCCGGUGCUCCUGCCGAAGAAGUCGGAGAAGGCUGGGGCCGCCGAGAAGUCACCUAAAUCGCCGUCCAAGGGCGGCAAGUCUCCGAAGAAGGCUGCUGCUUAGUUUGCUUUGAUAUGACCCUUUUUUUGGGGGGGGUUUUGUUCUAGAUGUUGAUUUGCUGUGGUCUUGGUUUGUAGGAUUGAAUGUUCAUAGGUAAUUGUAGUUCUAUCCUUUUAGAUAUUUGCCAUGGCUUAACAUUAUGUGGAAACAUUGUUCAAUCUUCUGUUUCUAAAAAAAAAAUUUAUAUAUAUAAAAAAAAA